UACCGGAAAUGCUGGCGCCGGUGAAUCUGAAUCUGUGGCGUUCUUCAAAAGUUGUGGUGCCGGUCGCUCCGUUUCCAGUCCUUUGCGCUUUGAGUCUAACACCUCCACUGAGGAAUCCAAAAAUAGGUUUGAUCUGCUAUUUUCCGACAAGAACAAACCGCCACCCACGCUCUCUGACUCUGAUUUUGAUGAAGACUCGCACGAAGCGGUGGAAGAAGGUAGCUCAACGCCUACCGCGACGGAAUUGCUGCGCAAAACUGAGACCCCCGAGGAACGUGAAGCAAGGCUGCGAGCACUCGCCCGUCGUCUAAGUCGUAAAGUCGUGGCUGAACACAAGUCUGCGGAGCGAGCCGAUCAAGAUCUGGAUCCGUUUGUUCUUUCUGUUCUCUGCCGGCGAAAUGAUGAGGCUGAUGAUGUAAACGCCUCCUACACCUCGGAGCAGCUGGAGGCAAUUCGUCAGAAGCGCGCGCAAGUUGAUGAACAAACCAGACUUGAGGCUGUCCGUGUUGCUGAGGCCGCUCUCAAAGGCAUUCGCCGUUCUAGCCAGCCGUCUGCUCCCCAGCCGUCCCUGCCUUCAGUCCCAAAGAGCCGUAUCAGCCUGCAGAAUAAGUUGGUGCCUCGUGUCCACAAACAUCACCGGCCGCCGACCAUCAGUAGUACGACCUCACAUCUACUCUCUUUCGGCAAGAGAACCGAUGUGAACCUGACUUCGACAUGUACUGCCGGUACUUCCCUUGACUUCAACUCAGGCCUCUUCACU